UCUCUCUUCCACUCUCUCCAGUGUGUUUGUGCAUGUGGAGUCGGAGGAGGAGGCAGUCUGUUGCUGCCCUGGGCUCCACUCUCCACACGCGGGGCGAUGCAGCAAGGGUGAGAGAGGCAGAGCGGUGCAGCAGCUGCCCCUGCCCCCCCUCCUCCCCCCCAACAGCUCCAGCUCCCAGUUCCUGCUUCUCCUGCUCCUCCUGCUCCAGCUCCAGCUCCUGUUCCAGCCUCAGCUCCUGCAGCCCUAGUCGGGAAGACGCCAGUCUGCCAGCCAGCCAGCCAGCCAGCCAGCCGGUCCACCCUCCGCACACCAACAUGUGAGAAGAGCAGCUCGGGGAUCAGGAUGAUCGCCACGGCGACAUGCUUCUGUGAGGACAGACAGCAGCGAUGGAGACGACGCCGGACCCCGAGUUCGUGGAUGUGGACAAAGGCCUGACCCUGGCAUGCAUCGCCUUCCUCUGCCUGCUGUUGGUCGCCAUGAUCAUCCGCUGCGCCAAGGUCAUUAUGGACCCGUACAGUGCCAUCCCCACCUCCACCUGGGAGGAGCAGCACCUGGAGGACACAACAUCAACAUAACACACACGCAUAAACACACACACACACACACACACACACACACACACACACACACACACACACACACACACACUCACA